AUGUCCCCCGUCGUCAUCGGUGUCGGCAGCAAGGGUAUCGACAUCACCAUUUCCAAGUCCUACGCGAUAUCCAACGGCAUUACAGUUGGUGGCUCCUAUGACUUCAGCAAGCUGGAGGCCAGCCUCGGCGCCACCUUCAAGGUUGACUACACGAAGACUUGGACCACCACCCAGGGCUACCUCAUCCGCGGCACUGUCGAUGACGGCUACACCGGUGUUGUUAUCACUCGCCCCUGGACCAACCGGAAGUACGGCCGUACUUUCCAGGGCUGCCCUGGUUCUCUCAAGCAGACCGGUACCUUUAUGGCUGACUCUCAUGAGGAGGGCUCCUACGAGGGUGUCUCCUGGGUUGGUGGUGCCAUUACUGCCUGCAUCAAGAAGCAGAGCUCCAUCCCCCUGACUCGCUGCAACGGUGGUGGCCAAUUCCGCUAA